GAAGCUUCAGAGCUGAUUUGCAGAAGCCAGGCUGAGUCUGGACAAACGGAGCAAGAUUCCCACAGUCAAGAUGAGGAAUGGGUGAGUGAGAAAAUGUAGUGGAGCAACAGCCGAGGAGACACCUGCUGGGAGCUUGGUGUGGACACCCCAGCCCAGACGGAGCCCUGCCCCCGGGCAUCCCUUUGGCCAUCCAGCCUCACCAUGUCAAGGAAGGGUGCAAGCAGCCGGGCCAAGGGGGACAAAGCAGAGGCUUUUGCUGCGCUGCAGGCCGCCAACGAGGAGCUGCGAGCCAAGCUCACGGACAUCCAAAUCGAGCUGCAGCAGGAGAAGAGCAAGGUCAGCAAAGUGGAACGGGAGAAGAGUCAGGAGCUGAAGCAGGUGCGUGAGCACGAGCAGCGCAAGCACGCGGUUCUGGUCACCGAGCUCAAGACCAAGCUGCACGAGGAGAAGAUGAAGGAGCUGCAGGCUGUGCGGGAGGCACUGCUGCGGCAGCAUGAGGCCGAGCUGCUGAGGGUUAUCAAGAUCAAGGACAAUGAGAACCAGCGGCUGCAGGCGCUGCUUAACACCCUGCGGGACGGCGCACCUGAUAAGGUCAAGACCGUGCUCCUGUGUGAGGCCAAGGAGGAGGCCAAGAAGGGGUUUGAGGUGGAGAAGGUCAAGAUGCAGCAAGAGAUCUCGGAGCUCAAGGGGGCCAAGAAGCAGGUGGAGGAGGCGCUGACACAGGUGAUCCAGGCCGACAAGAUCAAGGCCGCGGAGAUCAGGAGCGUGUACCACCUGCACCAGGAGGAGAUCAGCCGCAUCAAGAAGGAGUGUGAACGGGAGAUCCGACGGCUGAUGGAGGAGAUAAAAUUUAAAGACAGAGCAGUCUUCGUGCUGGAGAGAGAGUUAGGGAUUCAAGCCGGGCAUACCCAGAAACUGCAGCUCCAGAAAGAGGCUCUAGAUGAGCAGCUUUCCCAGGCCAGAGAGGCUGAGCGGCACCCGGGCAGCCCCAGACGGGAACUUCCUUAUGCAAGCGGUGCAGGAGACGCCUCAGACCACUCAGGAAGCCCUGAACAGCAGUUGGAUGAAAAGGAUGCUCGGCGCUUCCAACUUAAAAUUGCAGAAUUGAGUGCCAUCAUUCGUAAACUGGAAGACCGCAACGCCUUGCUGUCAGAAGAAAGGAACGAGCUGUUAAAACGUUUAAGAGAAGCUGAAAGUCAGUAUAAACCAUUGCUGGAUAAAAACAAACGCCUCACUCGGAAAAAUGAAGACCUGUCUCACACUUUACGGCGCAUAGAAAGCAAACUGAAAUUCGUCACCCAGGAGAACAUGGAAAUGAGGCAGAGAGCCGGGAUCAUCCGGAGACCCAGCUCCUUAAAUGACCUUGACCAAAGUCAAGACGAGAGAGAAAUUGACUUCCUGAAGCUCCAGAUUCUGGAGCAGCAGAGCCUCAUUGAUGAGCUUUCUAAGACCCUGGAAACUGCUGGCUACGUGAAGAGCGUGUUAGAACGUGACAAGCUGUUAAGAUACCGGAAACAAAGAAAGAAAAUGGCAAAACUCCCCAAGCCUGUUGUCGUGGAGACCUUCUUUGGGUAUGACGAAGAAGCUUCCCUGGAAUCCGAUGGUUCUUCCAUCUCUUAUCAAACUGACAGGACAGACCAGACCCCAUGCACCCCAGAUGACGACCUGGAGGAGGGCAUGGCCAAGGAGGAGACAGAGCUGAGGUUCCGGCAGCUGACCAUGGAGUACCAGGCACUGCAGCGAGCCUACGCCUUGCUACAGGAGCAGGUCGGAGGGACGCUGGAUGCAGAGCGAGAAGUUAAGACCCGUGAGCAGUUGCAAGCAGAAGUGCAGAGAGCACAGACGCGGGUGGAGGACCUGGAGAAGGCACUGGCAGAGCAGGGGCAGGAUAUGAAGUGGAUUGAGGAGAAGCAAGCACUGUAUCGAAGAAAUCAAGAACUUGUGGAAAAGAUUAAACACAUGGAGAUGGAGGAGGCCCGGCUGAAGCAUGAGGUUCAAGACGCAAAAGACCAGAACGAGCUGCUGGAGUUCAGGAUCCUGGAGCUCGAGGAGAGGGAGAGGAAGUCACCUGCCAUCAACUUCCACCACACACCUUUCGUGGACGGGAAGAGCCCUCUCCAGGUGUACUGCGAAGCAGAAGGCGUCACGGACAUCCUGGUCACGGAGCUGAUGAAGAAGCUGGACACCCUGGGGGAUAACGCUAAUCUGACCAAUGAGGAGCAAGUGGUCGUCAUACAAGCCAGGACAGUCCUGACCUUGGCUGAAAAGUGGCUCCAGCGGAUUGAAGAGACCGAGUGUGCCCUGCAGCGGAAGAUGGUAGAUCUGGAGAGUGAGAAGGAGUUGUUCAGUAAACAGAAGGGCUACCUGGAUGAGGAGCUGGACUACAGGAAGCAGGCCUUGGACCAAGCUCACAAGCACAUCCUGGAGCUGGAGGCCAUGCUUUAUGAUGCCCUGCAGCAGGAGGGUGGGGCCAAAGUGGCUGAACUGCUGUCGGAGGAGGAGCGUGAGAAGCUCAAGGUAGCUGUGGAGCAGUGGAAGCGCCAGGUCCUCAGUGAGCUGCGUGAGCGGGAUGCACAGAUCCUGCGGGAGCGGAUGGAGCUGCUGCAACUGGCACAACAGAGAAUUAAAGAGCUAGAAGAAAGAAUAGAAACUCAGAAGAGACAAAUAAAGGAACUGGAGGAAAAGUUUUUAUUUUUGUUCUUGUUUUUCUCCCUAGCUUUCAUUCUUUGGUCAUAGCUGGUCUUGGCACCCUGACCUG